GUGUGUGGGUGGCACGCGCACGCGUUGGCCCAGCCAGCUCGAUUCGAUUAAACUUCGCCGCAGCCCUCGUUCAUCGUGAACGGGGUGAGACCUCGUGCUGAGGAUCGUUAUGCCGAGUAUCCCUCGCAUCGCAGCGAUUCGCACACCACGCGCCGUGACAUCCGAAAAUACGUGAAAUUGUGUACUGCGAUCUGCCGCCUGCCAUCACGUACGGCGAUUUCCAGAUUGGUAAUUCGACCAGUUGCAGAAGUGAUUAGAAAGAGGUUUUGCAAGGUGAUUCGCUGUUCGUUCAUAACGAGAUAAUUCAUCUCGUCUCAGCGAUUCUCUCUCGCAAAGCACGGCAGCUGCUCGAUGAGCGCCUUUCCUCGUCAAGAGGACGAAGUAGUCAAAGAGAACGGUGAAUCGCAAAAGGACGGAUGUCCACAUCUUGAUCGACGAUGUCGUACGAGAGAACAAGAGGACGGAAGACAAACAGUUGAGACGUCCUCGAGGCCAAAUCGAUCACGAAUCACAGCGAGGUCGACGAAAACGCGACAGGCUUCACAAAGCCAUGCGGAAUCACCUUUGAUCCUCUCCGACCCCAGGAAGAAAGGCGCGAUUUCGGCAAUAUGAUGUGGAAGGUAAAAUGGUCACGCUUCACCGAAUGCUUCUGCCGACGACCUGGUCUCGUCCUGGUUUUGUUGCCAUGUCUGAUCGUUGUCACCCUCUAUCUCGUUUCCGGCGACGACGACUACGAGUACGACAUGCUGCAGUAUCCGUCCUUCAAGUCAUACAAUAUCGCGGAAGGCACGACAGACGGCUACCUCGUGUGGAAUCCAAAGUGUCACAUGUUGUCGAAAGAACCUCUGGAUCCGUCCAUUGUGAAAUUCGUGAGAAAGAUGAAACUGGAAAAAUGCCCGAACAAUCUCGUUUUUACGCAAAUCUCAAGGGAGCACAACGGCAGCGUGUCUCUCUCUCUCGAUCCUGCCAUAAAAAAAGUUACGAACAGCGAUGUCGUAUGCUGCUGGUCGUCCGUAGUCAGACCCAAGGUGAACAAACCGAAAAAGGAUAACUACGAUUCUACAAUAUCAGUGAAGCAAUGCGAGAACUUUACCGGGCAAGUGAUGCUUCCGCGUGAAGUAGAGGUGAUACACGUAUCGUGCAAGGCAAAGGGAAAAACGAAAUCCAAGGCAAGGAACAAAACCGCAAAGCCUUCGAUCAAGAUAGUAUACGAGAAUGUUCAUGCGAUCUUAAAUCCGGAAAAAGUGCGCGAGCGCGUGGAUCAUAACGGCAGCCGAUUCGGAAAUUCCUCGAGAAGGCUGAGCGUGCUCGUCCUCGGCAUCGACAGUGUCAGUCGAUUAAAUUUUUAUCGGACCAUGCCAAAGACCGAAAAAUACCUACGCGAGACCGGUUGGAUCGGCCUAAAAGGCUACAAUAAGAUCGGCGACAACACGUUUCCGAAUCUGAUGGCGAUCUUGACCGGUCAGAUGCCGCAGCAGGCGUACUCGCGAUGCAAACCGACGGUGGCUUACAAGCUCGACAACUGCCCUUUCCUCUGGUACAAUUUCCGCAAUGCCGGCUAUGUCACGGCCUACGGCGAGGACGAGACUGUCCUCAACACGUUCAACUACCUCAAAGUCGGCUUCGUCGAGCCACCCACGGAUUACUACCUGAGACCCUAUAUGCUGGCCAGUGAGAGGCUGCUUAAGGUGAAGAAAAAAUUCAACAUGAAGUACUGUACCGGUCCCGAGUUGAGUUUUGAGCGAAUCUUCGACUAUGCCGUGAAUUUUGCCCGAACAUUCGUCGGCGUGCCGUAUUUUGGCUUCUUCUGGACCAACACCAUCAGCCACGACAACAUGAACGGCAUCUCGUCGAUGGAUACGCGUGUGCUGAAAAAAUUCGAGAUUCUAGAACAAGAAGGAAUCCUGAACGAUUCGAUGAUUAUUUUUUUGAGCGAUCAUGGUAUGCGCUGGGGCGACUUUCGCAACACCUUUGUUGGCUGGUACGAGGAGCGGUUGCCGUACAUCUACAUUUGGCUGCCCGAGUGGUUUCGUCGGGAAAAUUCCGAAAGCUAUCGAGCUCUUAUGGUUAACCAGAAUCGACUCACCUCACCGUUCGAUCUCUACGAGACUUUAAGGGAGAUUGUCGUUAUCGGGGGUGGCGAGGCUGAUCCGAGCUCGGGAUGCUCCACGUGCCAAUCGCUCUUUGCACCCGUGUCCAAGGAAAGGGGCUGCCAGGAUGCCGGAGUGGCUGAUCACUGGUGCACCUGCACGGCUUUCAAGUCAGUCAAUAUCAACGACAAGAUCGCUAGGGACGGCGUGGACAAAUUCCUGGAUCACGUGGAAAGCAUCGUGAAAAACUAUAAGGACAAGAAGGGCCGGCGGCUGUGCGCGCGGCUGAAACUGAGGAAAGUCCAUCGGGUAGAUCGGGUCAUCGAUUUUGGCACGGAGAAGUUGUCUAGCGUCGCAUACUUUUACAUGAUUCAGACAACGCCUGGUAACGGUAAUUUCGAGGUCACCGUGCAUUAUCACGGCCACGGCAAUUACACUCUGUCCGAUAGCGAGGUCAGCAGGAUUAAUCCUUACGCCGUGAGUGCCAGGUGUCUCAAUCGCGGGAUGAAGCAGUAUUGCCACUGCCUCAAGUAGCCCGCUCGUAGUCGAAACUUUGUACUUUAUUAGCGUCUCAAUGUCAAUUGAAUCGAUCGCCGCGCCGCGCCGAUUAAAAUUUAUUAUUGUAGAAAUGUUUCAAUUUACUCUGCUUCAGGUAACUUAAACGAGUAGCCGAAACAAAUCUUAUUCGCGAAAUUAAUUCUAAAGAAAGACGAGUUCCUUCUACAAUAUCUCAAAUAUGAUCGAUUCAAUUGUUCAUAGCACAUAUCAAAUGUAAAGUUGAAUGCCUCAUCUCAAGGAACUAGGGACCUGAGUGGAUGUAUCUUCGUGUAGCAAGAAUAGCUAGACCUAGAUAUUCCUCAAGCUUUGGUAAUCGAACGAUAUCAUUCGCGUCGCAGUCGCGGUUAAAGUAAUUUUUUGAAUUUUCAUUGACAUCUUCCAAUGAAAUUGCUAUUAGUGAUGCAAUUACAUGUCAGCUAAGAGUUGAAAAAUCUCAAAUACGAAAUAUCUUAGAUCUCGCAUAUAUUUUCAAAAACUUUUUCUGUUUACGCAAUUUGGAAUAUGAGUUUUGACCGUUAGCUGACAUCUCGUUCCACAUUUAUGUAGUUUGAUCACGAAUGAAUAGUUAUUGCGUCAAAAAUAAAUCAAAUUGAUUUCGCGUCAUAAACAUUAAACUGCGCGUAUAUAUGUAUAUAUUAUCUCAUUAUACAUAUAUCUUAUCAGAGAUACUCACCGUGACCCGUGGUAAUUUUGUUCACGCACCAUUGCACGCCAAUCGAUCGCCAGUACGUGACACGUUUUGUCUGGAUCGAUACACGUGAAAGAUGCAUGAAAACGCAAAUGCCGUGAAUAAACACGUGGAGGUAAAGACCAACUCGAACAGCGAAGAAUAAAAAUGUACUUUUGUACGUGGUGGUCGUUCGUGCGAAUGCAUCACGGAAACACACUAACUGGCGUAUCAAAGCAACGCGCGUGCCUGUUUUAAAAAGUGCCAAAUUCGUUUUGUACUAGCCGAGCGUUAAAACCAACAUUUCUACUUCCCGCACCGAUAGCGAUCACAAUGAUAUCGCGAUAAUAUAUCAUUUCCGCGAAAGCAAAGAAUGUACGCACAUGCACGCGUAUAUACGUGAACAAGCUCGAAUUAAAACGUCUGCAGCAUGUGUUCUUAGCAAAUAGUAUUUUACAGAUGAAUUUAGAGUCGGUUUUUCUCCGACACAUCAAAGGAGAUGACAUUGCCCGUCAGAACGUUUACCUAAUUGCGCGAAACCUUAACCGACCUUAAAUUUAUUGAAAAAUUCCUAUUUAAAGUAUCCAACAGAUGUAACACGUCGUAUAUUUCAUUGCGAAAUGUAUGAUCGCCUUCGUGUACGAGAAGUAUGGAAUUUUACAUAUAGGCUGAAAAUAGAGGCCAAUGCGAAUAUAUUGUGACAUAUAUAUUUUUUACUAUGGACGUUACGUACGCUUUAUUCUAGACAACGUGAGAGCAUAGACUCAGCCAUUAAAGGAGGUGUGACGAUUAACGAGUGGUUUUUGCGAUUAUUUUCUUACAGACUACUCAAGAUGAGCAUCAGCCUAGUGAAAUUCAAUUUUCCAUUUCGUCAUUGGAAUCAACUAAACCUGAUUAAAAGUAUCAGAUUUCUCGAGCUUUAGUUUAACAAGAAUUGUAUAUAAUUAAAGACAAGCUCGUUUAUUACGAGUCGUUUGACGAUUUUACAGAUGAAAAUAUAAAUGGAAUUGUCGACUGGAA